AUGGGUAUCUUGCUCAAAAGCCCUGAGGGUGUACCUGGUGCAUCAUGGCCAGCCAUCGCCAUCUCUAGCUUCGUCGCUUUCGGUGGCAUUCUUUUCGGGUACGACACAGGCACCAUCAGUGGAAUACUUGCCAUGCCCUACUGGCAAGAUCUUUUCUCUACUGGUUACAAAGAUAGCACUGGACACCUGAACAUCACAUCUAGCCAGUCGUCUGCCAUUGUCUCGAUUCUAUCUGCCGGUACAUUUUUUGGUGCCCUCGGUGCCGCUCCUUUGGGAGACUCCAUCGGUCGACGAUGGGGCCUGAUCGCGUCUAGCUGGGUGUUCAUCUUUGGGGUCAUUCUACAGACAGCUGCCACGGGGAUUCCUUUAUUUCUCGCCGGUAGAUUUUUUGCUGGCUUCGGUGUUGGUUUGAUCUCAGCAUUAAUCCCUCUAUAUCAAUCCGAGACUGCACCAAAGUGGAUUCGCGGGUUCAUUGUCGGUUCCUACCAGCUGGCCAUCACAAUUGGCCUACUACUAGCCUCCGUGGUCAAUAAUUCAACCCACAGCCGGAACGACACUGGCUCCUAUCGCAUUCCAAUUGCCGUCCAGUUUGCAUGGGCAAUUGUCUUGAUUGGGGGGAUGCUCGUCCUCCCUGAGACUCCUCGGUACUUGAUCAAACAAGACAACCAUGCGAAGGCCGCCCAAAAUCUCGCGAAGCUUCGGCGUUUGUCUGAGGAUCAUCCUGCAAUUAGAGAAGAGCUUGCUGAGAUCCAAGCCAACCACGAUUACGAAAUAACACUAGGCCAGCCUAGCUAUCUUGAAUGUUUCCGAGGGAACCUCGGAAAGCGAUUACUGACUGGCUGCGGUCUUCAAGCCCUACAGCAACUGACCGGCAUUAAUUUUAUCUUCUACUACGGCACACAAUUCUUCAAGAACUCCGGAUUCAAGAAUGAGUUCGUCAUCAGCCUGAUUACCAACUGCGUGAACGUGGCAUCAACCCUACCUGGCCUCUACGCUAUUGACAAAUGGGGUCGUCGGCCGGUUCUACUGCUAGGCGCCAUCGGCAUGUGUGUUUCGCAACUCCUCGUCGCCGUUCUAGGCACGACGACUACCGGCCAGGAUGCAGCUGGCAAUAUCAUUGUGCAAAACAAAGCGGCACAAAAUGCCGCCAUAGCCUUUAUUUGCAUCUUUAUUUUCUUCUUUGCUGCAUCCUGGGGCCCCGUUGCUUGGGUUGUCACUGGUGAGAUCUUCCCACUGAAGAUUAGAGCUAGGUCUCUGUCCAUGACUACCGCUACCAACUGGUUGCUGAACUGGGCUAUCGCCUAUUCGACCCCGUACCUAGUAAACUAUGGCCCUGGUAAUGCAAAUCUGCAGUCCAAGAUCUUCUUCAUCUGGUUUGGAUGCUGCUUCCUCUGUAUUGCUUUCGUGUACUUUAUGAUCUACGAGACUAAAGGACUUACGCUUGAACAAGUUGAUGAGCUGUAUUCUGAAGUCAGCAGUGCGCGCAAAUCUGUUGGCUGGAAGCCAACCGUCACUUUCCGGCAGAUCGUGGAGCACAAGCAAGAAUCGGUCAGCAUGAGCCAUCACCAUGAGAAUACUGAAGAUCAGGCUUGA